AUGAGGCUGUGGGGCAGAGCCACAGCUGUCCGGAGGAAGAUGCUCUGCCUCUGGCUGCUGCUCCUCGGGUUCGCCCUGGUGACCCUGGAGCUCUCGGACCUCUUUCACAGCCGGCACCGGGACCUCAGUCACCAGAAACCUGCCCCUCCCCGCCGUCCCCUCCAGCGGGUUCCUAACGCACCGGACCUGGAGGUGAUCGUGGACUCCCGGGACUCCCCUGCGGUAGAGCUCGGUGUUGAUCUCGCCCCAAUAAAAACUCUGCAAGAGGACCAGCUUUUAUUCGUGCCAUCGGGGCAGGGAACCAAGAACCCGCAGCAGAAGAAGGGGAGCUACAAGGUUCUCCUCCCCGGAGCCAACAGGGAUUUACGCGUCCCUGCGCCUCCGACGCACGGUGAAAUGGAGAAGGCACACCUGGAGGGGAUGGAGGAGGGGAUGGAGGAGGGUGUGGAGAAGUCUGCUGUGCAAAAGUACGGUUUCAACGAGAUGGUCAGCGAGAAGAUGUCACUGCAUCGCAGGCUGCCCGAGAAGAACCAUCCCCAGUGUUUGGGGGGGCAGUACAGCGAGUCACUGCCGUCGACCAGUGUUGUUAUCUGUUUCCAUAAUGAGGCUUGGUCCACACUCCUGCGCACCGUGCACAGCGUGCUGGACACUGCACCCAAACAGCAUCUACAGGAGGUCCUGCUGGUGGACGACCUGAGCCAGCACGGUCACCUGAAGAGUGUGCUGAGUGAGUAUGUGUCCCAUCUGGACAAGGUGCGUUUGAUCCGCAGCACCAAGCGCCUGGGUGUUGGAGGGUGCCGUAAUCUGGGUGCUGCCAGAGCUGCAGGGGAGGUGCUGGUGUUCAUGGACUCCCACUGUGAAUGCCAGAAGGGCUGGCUGGAACCACUGCUGGAGAGAGUGGCCCAGGACAGGACCAGAGUGGUGUCCCCCAUCAUGGAUGUGAUAGACUGGCAGACCUUUCAGUACAAUGCCACCCAGUGGCCAGUCAGGGGAGUGUUUGACUGGAGACUUGACUUCUACUGGGAAUCUAAACCUCAGCUGCAAGAUAAAGACCCAGACUCAGCUGUUCGACCUGUGCAGAGCCCAGCGUUAGGAGGCGGAGUUCUGGCCGUGGACAGACAUUUCUUCCAGAGUGUGGGAGCCUACGACCCCGGGAUGCUGCUGUGGGGAUCGGAGCAAAUUGAGCUGUCAAUCAGGGUGUGGUCAUGCGGCGGCACUAUGGAGGUGGUUCCUUGCUCCCGUGUGGCCCACGUAGACCACCACCACCUGCCUUACCCCCUCCCAGACCAGGAGCUGCUUCAGAGGAACAAGAUCCGGAUAGCAGACACCUGGAUGGACGCAUACAGGAAGAUCUUCUAUAGGAGAGACACACUGGCUCAUUUCAUCAGGCAGUCUGAGAGCCCCAACAUCACAGAGCGUCUGCGCAUUAAGAGGAGUCUGGGCUGUCGUAACUUUCACUGGUACCUGACUUCAGUUUAUCCACAACUUUACAUCCCCCAGGACAGGCCUACGCUGUCAGGAGAGCUGUACAAUGUCGGCACUGGCAGCUGUGCAGACUACCCCCGUGGGCUGGGAUUGCGGGGUGGGGCCAUGAACGCAGCGCCGUGCAGUGGGACGGGCAGCCAGCACUGCGAUUUGAACUCUGAGUUUGAGGUGCGUUGGGGUCCCAUGGGGGCUUUGUGUUUGGACGCCAGUGGAGAGAGGGUGAUCUUAUCUCCGUGCCCCACACACAGACCGACCAUCAGCAGACUUCAGUGGAAGUUCAUAAAGCUGAGCGGUCAACUCGUCCACCAGCAGUCCCAGUUAUGUCUGGAGGUGGUGAAGGACGGAGGUCUCACACAAAGCAGCCCGAGAGACGUCAACACCCACGCAAAGACAGGAGGUCUCUUCCUGCGCCCCUGCUCCCAUCACCCGCGACAACAGUGGCACUUUGAGCAACUAGUAGCUCCUAAAGGUGCCUGA